CGGAUUCCCCCCCCCCAACCUUCCCUGCGCGCGUGCGCGCCGCGGUCGCGCCUGCGCAGUGUGGCCGGGUCAGCCGGACAGGGUCACCCUGAGGGUACGACACCGCCGCGAUGGUGACCCGGUUCCUGGGCCCACGCUACCGGCAGCUGGUCAAGAACUGGAUCCCGACGGUCUACACGUGGGGCGCCGUGGGCACCGUGGGGCUGGUGUGGGCCACCGAUUGGCGGCUGAUCCUGGACUGGGUACCUUACAUCAAUGGCAAGUUUAAGAAGGAUGAUUAAUUACACUGGCCCUUCGCACAGCCCUCUGGUUCCUGGUGGCACCAGCUCCUCCCGCCUCAGCGCCUGCUGCAUCUGGAGCAGCCCAACCCUCAGGAUGGACAUGAGGAAAUCCACAGCUCAACUUCAGACUUCUUAUGUUUCUGAAAACAGCUUGGAUCUUUUAAUGCACGUUGCAUUAAACCUCCCUGAAACCUGCUCCGUGCCCGGAUGUUGAUCAUGCUGGUGGCUUGGUUACUGUGACUGUAGCUGGAGUGGCACAGGUGACCCAGGGAUCCUUUCAGCUCCAAAAUGUUGCGAAUCUAGGAGAGUUUCCCAAUGGCUGGCAGAAACUGCUUAUUUAAAAUGUUUCAUAAGUAA